GUGUCUCUGCUGCUCACUCUGUUCGAGUCCACAGGGGUCCUCGAGCAGAACCUCGCGGCUCUGCGAGGCUACGGGCACGAGCAGCGGCAGAGCAUGACCACGAGGUCCCGGUCCCGAGCAGAUCUUCCCCUGAACCAGACCAGGUUGCCAAAGCGGAUGGCACCCGGGAAGGUUGGAAAGACUGGCAUGGCUGCUUUGAUGCGGAUCCGACAGCAGCAAAAGGACAGCAUCGAGGCUGCGGGUGACGUUGCCGCCUCAGGAGUGGAUCCAACGGAGCUGGAAAGCUGCCUCGACAAGGUCAACCAGUCAGCAGCAGAGCGGACAACCGAAAAACAAAAGAAGUUGAGCAGCAGCCUUGCAGAUCGUGUGACUGCGAAAAUCCGUCUCCUCACGAAUCUGGAUGAGGUUUCGAGGCAGAAGCUCCGGGAACAAGUCAAGAGUGAGAACGAAAGGUUGACAAAGCUGAGAAGCAUCCAAGUCAGAGACCUUAGUGCAGCAGAGUGCAUGACGGACUGCAGCAAAGGCCUGGUGAUUGCGGUGCCCACGGUGAAAAGCAUUGAGGGCAUCGACCGGAUGGCAAAAGAAGCUGGCCGGAUUCUCAAAGACCUCGGCGGUCCCAGAGUCGUACCUCUGACCGCUAAGAACUUGGUCAAGCAAUGCCUGGAGGCCAGCUUUACAGUCUGGUACGGCCUCACUGAUGCUGCAGAGGAUGUUUUGCUUUUCUACAAAUCCGAGACCUCCCCGGAGCUCAGCACGGCAAUGAGCCGCCUGCUAGGAGGCCACGUAGCAGGCCCCUCGUGGCUCCGUGCGUGCCAGCAGGCAGGCAAAAUCGUCCGCCCUGUGACGAUGCUCGGAAGGGCACUGCGACUUCCGAGGCAGCUGGCAUUCGACGAAUCUGUGAAGCAACGGGAAGGGUUGUUAAAGGUCAUAAGUGCCGCUGAAAGCCACCCAGCCGGGGCCAGGGAGUGGGUGGUCAGAACUGCUCGGUCUGAGCUGAGACUUGUCCUUGUUUGGCAUAAAUAUGUUCCAGUGUCCUCGGGUGUGAGAUCAUCCUCGUAA